CUGAAUGAGGCGGAGAUUAUUAACAGCAACCAAAAAGAAACAAGUAUAUUUGUGAAACGUGUUUUGAAUGUUCUAAAUACUUGUCAUUUUCCUGUGACAUCAUACAAGAUUAUUUUACGUUGUGUUUAACGGUCGACAUCACAAUGGAGGUGCCUUUUCUACAUCUGUAGUGAAGUAUAUUAGGACUAUUAGAGACUUAGUUGCGAAUAUUUUUAAAAGAGUCUUCAGUGCGUCUUAAUAACAAGAUAAUGGAUGUGAAACCAUAAAACUGUACACAGAUCCCGAAUAUGUAUAAACACAAGACGCUGAAACUCGCUGAAAUGUGUAAUUGCCUCACACGUGAUGCCAAAAUCAGCCAUAUGUUUGUGUGUAUCUGUGUUAAGUGGAAAGUAAUUUGCAAAGAACUCUAAAAAUAAAUAGUGAAUUUAAUUAUAUGCAAGUGUAAACAGUUGUGAUUUGUGCCAGACAUUAACCAUUGUGUUAUUUAUUAUGUUGAAGAAGAUAUUAAUUUAAAUGAUGGCUACUUUAGGAGUCGUUCCGUUUUCUAAUAGCAUGACGUCAUCACAUACUAACAAACUUCAAAUCAUUCAACACCCCACAGCUAGUGUCAGUAACAGUGGGUCCAGUGAACAUCCCGAGAGACGUGAAAUUUUAAUCCUAAGGAAAAAGGCUAAACCUAUAAUUACUGCUUCCGUAUCUGAGAGCAGCGAGCCUGUUUUGGCGACUAGCGGUAGUAACGCGGUGGUGAACAAUGGCGGCAGGAUACGCAAGAAACCGACCGGUGUGGGUUCAAACCUUCCCAGAAGCCACCACCAGCCUCCCCCUGUAGCAGUUGCACGCCGCAAUGCCCGUGAGAGAAAUAGGGUCAAACAAGUCAACAAUGGAUUCGCUACUCUAAGACAACAUAUUCCCUUAUCAGUGUCGUCAACGUACUCGUCAGGGAAUGCAUCGUCAGGAGGUCGUUCAAACAAGAAACUCAGCAAAGUGGAAACCCUGAGAAUGGCUGUGGAUUACAUACGGAGUCUUCAGCAGCUGUUAUCAAUGGAUGACAACGGUACAAAUGCGAACAUUCAAGCUGUCCAUUCAACAGAUUCGUCGGAUACAUCUUCACCAACAUCUCUCGUUGUUCAUUCACCACCGUCACCAGCGAAUUCCUCCACAAAUCUAUCCACAGCAGAUCUUCAACACGGUUAUCAAACCUAUGAGGACGAAGGCGUCCAAACCGAUGUCCCAGAUUCGCCUGUUCUUAUUGAUGAUGAAGAUGAUGCCUCCCUUAUUGAUCCUACAUCACCAUUAUCAUCGUCGGCUUUGACAGCCUCUAGGUAUACUCCUCAAUACCAUCGCAUUAGGGGCACAAACACUUUCAUCCAACUUGUGAACACUCAACCAGACGCCAUAAGCAGUACAGAGGACGGCGAACAUUACGAAAUGGACGAGCCCUUCGCUGCCCUUGCAUCUUCGUUCCCAAAUGUAAGUAGAGAUGGGGGAUACAUAGUUUCUCAAGGACAGCUCCAUCGCCUUCAGGCACAUCAUCUGGUGACAACUUCUGUUGACACUUACCAACAGCCUUCUUCUGUUGAUCUUGUUACACUUGGCAGCACUCGAGCCCACCCUACGUCAUCUUUGUCACCUGGAGACUACAGCGAACAUUCGCUAUCGCCUGAAACCCCCCAUGUUGACGAUAUAGCCAUGUUCAGGACCACAUCUUCAGCAUCUUUCCUACCAUCCUUCUCUUCCAGUCUGAAGUCUUCAUCACCAACGACUGCACUUCAGCAUGUCACGUCAUCAUCGCCUAUGCAAAGCUCUGCGACAACCACUGCCGGCAGUAUGAACGCUACGUCUGUGAUUCAUCAUCAGAGUUAUCCGGUGAAUGCAGAGCUGUUACCAAGUGUGAAGAUAGAGGAACGGCCAGGAGAAGAGGAGUGUGCGUCUGGAACUGUGAUAACAAACAGCGGUCAGGAAGUAAUGGACAUGAUGACGUGGUGGGAACAGGAACAGAAGCUGCGGCUCAUUACCUCCAUCGCUACCUCCUCGUCGUGAGAAGGUGGGGAAACAGAUUUUUGGCGGAAUGCUGUGUUUUGAAACAACUUGGAUGCAGACAACAAGAAAAGAGCAAACUGUGAACGAGGAUUGCAUAAUGCGACGGUUGUAACAACGGUGUGAAAAAAGUGUUCUGCCAGUGACAAUUUAUGAAUCAGAUCUAUAGACUUUUGCAAAGGAAAAGUUACCUGAGGAGUGCACCUAUAAAUUGCAGUGCAGAUCCAGCCUCAGUCCUUGAUUUACACGGUGGGUGCUUUUUCAGGAAAACGUCGCUACAAAGGAAAACACAAUAUGAGCAAUUGCUUAUAGUGAAGCCUCUUUAUUGUCCAUGGAUUCAUGAGAUUUACGUUCCUCACUCAUUUAAAAAGAAAAUGACAUUUAUUAAUAAUAAAACGUUUCAACGAAAAAUAUUUCGUGGACUACCGAAAAAAAUGAAAUGGGCAGCAACAAAUUUUCUUUUGAGCCUUUCAAAACAACUGCUUACGUUCAUUUGUUUCAGUUUAGAAAUUGUUACAUAUAAAUAUAUAAGAAAACAAUAAAUUUAAAAAAUGGAAGAAACCUUUGUUGCUUUUAUUUAAACUACUGAGCUGAUCCGCGUGCACGAACAAGGUCCCAGGUGUCACAUAAAUGUAGGCGCUAAUAAUUGCAUGAAUAUGAUAUCCAGGAAGUGAGAAAAACGUAAAUCGGCACAAACUGGCAAGCCUGUUAGUAUCUCUUCUGACAAGCUUACUUCGGUUGGGAUUUGAGAUAUCAGUAAAUUUAUUUCUAUGUGAACAAAAAAGAGGCAAAAAGAAAGUCAGGAAAAGCAAGCCCUGAAACCUAAACCCGUCGCCCCACAUCUCAUUGAAAAUAAAUGAUGAAUUGCACCAUUUCACAUAGUUCAAAAUUUGAUCUCGUAUACAAAUUCCGAGAACUUCCAUAAUCUGUCUCAUGAAGUUGUAUGAUUUGAAGAAAUUAUUUAAUAUUUCAAUUAUUUAUUUUAGACAAAGAUGUUGUUUACAGAUUAUUGACUUGGUAGAUCAGUUGUAAGGUAGUGGCAGGUGAAAGAAUUUCUUGCCGUUUCAUAGAAUGUUAAUUAUUUUUCUAUGGU